AUGGCUUCAAGACGGACUUCAUAUCUCCUCGCAUCACUUCUUAUUUCCUGUCUUCUGUCUUUUGGAUUCAGCUAUAAAGAAUUGUUUCCAAGCCCGAAAAUAUUCCAGAAAUUUCAACCGGAAUUCUCAGAAGAUGAUAUUUUCGACAAAUCUGGAAUCUCAAAACCAUUGCAUCCCGAAAGACACAUUUUAAGAGCACCUACAACUAUCAAACUUCACUGGGAGAUCACACAGGGGCAUAGGUCUCCAGAUGGUGUUAGAAAACUCGUUUACCUCAUUAACGGAUUGUUCCCAGGUCCUACUAUCGAGGCCCGUUCUGGGGAUACCAUCAAAGUAGGAGUACGCAAUCUGUUAAAGUAUGAAGGGGUCGCCAUCCACUGGCAUGGAAUUCACAUGAAAGGCGCAAACAGAAUGGACGGCGCGGUAGGAAUAACGCAAAAUCCUAUUCAACCAGGUUGUAAUAUUACUUACGAAUUUGGGAUUGAAGAUACCCAGGCGGGAACAUUCUGGUAUCACUCCCAUUUAGGAAUCCAACGUGCCGAUGGUCUUUACGGUGGACUUAUUAUACAUCCUCCUCUUAUAGACAAAGUUCAUAAGACAAAAACUCCAGAGUACGAGGAAGAAUCUCUUCUUCUCAUGGGCGAUUGGUAUCACAGAUACGCGGAAGAUGUACAGGCGAGCUAUGUAAACCAUGACAGCUGGGGACGUGAGCCGGUUCCUGACUCUCUUCUGAUCAACGGCAUGGGCUCAUUCAAUUGUUCCAAGGCUGUCCAAUCUCGUCCCCUAGACUGCGCCCAAUAUUCGAGUUCCCCACUGGUUUUGAACCAGCCGCGGACACGAUUAAGAGUCGUCAAUGUAGGAGCAAUAUCUGGACUCGUUUUCCGGAUGCCUCGUUGUCACAUGACUAUAAUCGAGAUUGAUGGCGGAAAUGAAAUCGAAAGAUCGCCAGAGGUAUCAUCGGUGGGUAUACUUUACCCUGGUGAAAGAAUGGACCUGCUUGUCGAAUGUCCUAUGGGCUCUGAGGCAGCAGGUUUCCACUUGAGUAUUACUUUGGACGCAGAGAACUUUGCCAUUAAAAACAAGGCUCUCACACCUACCCACACAUUUCCAAUUUCGACCACCGCCAAUGUUCUUACGAAGCGAGGACACUCGUAUCUUCCACCUAAAAUAGUUAAGGGUGAGGGAUACUUCGAUCUCGCAGAAGUGAAUGGGACAGCGCUCCCAGACAACAGUUUUUCUAUGAUCGCUAAUCAUACAGUUCUUCUUUACACGAAGAUGGAAAUACUAGCGCGCCUCGGAAACGUUCCUGUGGGAUUUAUCAAUCGCACUACAUGGGCCGCCCAAAGCUCUCCACCAGAGCCUUUGGUAGAUCUGGACAGGGUAGAUUGGGAUAAGAAUCAGUUGGUGCCAUGGAUUCGGAUCUCUCGAGAUCAAUCAAGCCCAUCCUGGGUGGAUAUCGUAGUCAACAAUCUAGACGAAAAGGGACAUCCGUUUCAUUUACAUGGCUAUGACUUCUACAUUCUCUCUCAAUACUACCCCACAAGGCGGGGCUACCACGCAUAUGACCCAUUCGAUCCAUCCACUCCACCAACGUCAUCUGACCUCCCAGGCGGCCCUUAUAAUCUCGCAAAUCCGCCCUUGAAGGAUACUGUAUAUGUUCCCAGUCAGGGGUAUGUUGUUCUCCGAAUUCGCGCGGACAAUGUUGGGAUCUGGUUCUUUCAUUGCCAUAUUCUCUGGCAUAGUGGGGCAGGGAUGGCUAUGGCGCUGGAGGUUCGAUAUCAUAAUGAAUGA